AUGGCCGCCUUGGAGAGGGUGAAGGUGCUGGUGCUGGGAGAUUCAGGUGUGGGGAAGUCCUCCCUCGUCCACCUGUUGUGUCACAAUCAGAUGUUGGGAAACCCGUCUUGGACAGUGGGCUGCUCCGUAGAUGUUCGAAUUCACGACUACAAAGAAGGAACUCCAGAAGAGAAGACCUACUACAUCGAGCUAUGGGAUGUUGGUGGCUCAGUGGGCAGCGCCAGCAGUGUGAAAAGCACCCGGGUUGUCUUCUACAAUUCAGUCAAUGGCAUCAUUCUAGUACACGACUUAACCAACAAGAAGUCCUCCCAGAACUUGUAUCGGUGGUCUUUGGAAGCUCUCAAUAGGGACGCGGCCCCCUCGGGAGUCCUGGUGACAAACGGGGAUUACGACCAGGAGCAGUUUGCCGAUAACCAGAUCCCGCUGCUUGUCAUCGGGACCAAACUGGACCAGAUCCCGGAGGCGAAACGCAACGACGUCUUGACCAGAACGGCCUUUCUGGCUGAGGAUUUUGGUGCAGAAGAAAUUAACCUGGACUGCACCAACCCUCGCUACUUGGCAGCCGGCUCUUCCAACGCUGUCAAGCUCAGUAGAUUCUUCGAUAAGGUCAUAGAGAAGAGAUACUUUUUACGAGAGGGGAACCAGAUACCCGGCUUCUCUGAGAGGAAGAGAUUUGGAGGGGGUUUUGUAAAGAGCCUUCACUACGACUGA